CUCGUUGAACACAAUAUUUAUCAGAGGCAGAUACCCCUCUAGCUUGGUCAUAAUUAUUAUUAUUAUUCGUUCAAAAAAAAAAGUAUUACAUUUUCAUGUUAUGAUAUUUCAAACUGAUGAACCAUGAAGAAUUUUUUUAUAUUUUUUGCUGAAUUUAUGAUUCUAGUCAACACUGGAGCAAAAGAUUUCAAGUUUCACCCAAAUUUACCCCUAGGAGAAUAUCGAGUAAAUGUUAUUGCUACUCAACAGUGUAAUGCAAAUCCGAAUUCAAGUUUGAGGUUCAAUUUUUUUUUGUUCAAGACAUCUAGAACUACAACUGAACUAAGAGGAAAUAUAUCUGCUUAUAAUAUAGCAUUUGAUGAUUCUUUAUUGUUUCGUGGUAAUUUGGCAGUAAAAGAUACAAUUGGUGGUUGGCAAAAUAAUGCUUAUGUAUAUAAUUCACCUCAAGCAUACACAAGUCUUAAAAAACUUUUUGGACCUGAAUUUCCAUUUUUUUUAAAGAGCUUUGGAGUAAAUGACACAAUACAUAAUUCUAUACCACCGGGAAUUUAUACUACCAAAGGAUAUGAUAUAUCAAAGUUUCCAGCAAAUACAAAUCUUCCUAAACAAGUUUUUUAUGGAACUUACAAAACUAAAGUUAUUUAUUUGGACAAAAAAGGCAAUGAAGUUGGAUGUUUCUCAUUUACCGUUGAAAUAAAACGUCCUUGGGAAACUGAAUGACUGGGUGAAAUCAUGUAGUGUUUGUAGUUUGUAGUGGUUAUGAAUAUAAUUAAUUCAAAUUGAAAUUUUUAUUAUAAUUUUAGCACAGUAACUAAAAAAGUUAAUAAUAUCGAUCUAUCUAUCAAAUACAAAUUUACCAAAACAAAUGUAUUAUAUAACUUACAAAUUUAAUGUUUACCCAUACUAGAAAAAAAUACGAUAUAGUUGGAUGUUAUGUGUUUGUAUUUAAAGUAAAAAUGGCCUUGGGAAGUAUAAUGAACAGGGCUAGGAUUUGUAUGCAUUAAGAAAUUGUAAAACAGGUUUUUUAAUUUUUAUAAUAUGGACACAAAAAGUACUAAUAUUA